AUGGCAAUAGCACCCCUGAAAGUGUGCAUCGUGGGCUCAGGGAACUGGGGUUCGGUUAUUGCAAAAAUAAUUGGCAAUAAUGUCAAGACACUUCAGAAGUUUGCCCCUACAGUCAAGAUGUGGGUCUUUGAAGAAAUGGUUAAUGGGAGAAAACUGACGGACAUCAUAAAUAACGACCAUGAAAAUGUAAAAUAUCUUCCUGGACAUAAGUUGCCAGAAAAUGUAGUUGCCAUCCCAAGCCUCAGCGAGGCCGUGCAGGAUGCAGGCCUGCUGGUGUUUGUCACUCCACACCAGUUCAUCCGCAGAGUCUGUGAUGAGAUCUCCGGGAGAGUGCCAAAGGAAGUGCUGGGGAUCACCCUCAUCAAGGGUAUAGACGAGGGUCCUGAGGGGCUGAAGCUCAUUUCUGACAUCAUCCGGGAGAAGAUAGGCAUCGACAUCAGCGUGCUGAUGGGAGCCAACCAUGCCCGGGAGGUGGCCGCAGACAAGUUCUGUGAGACCACCAUUGGCAGCAAAGUCAGAGAGAACGGCCUUCUCUUUAAAGAACUUCUGCAGACUCCAAGUUUUCGGAUUACUGUGGUUGAUGAUUCAGACACUGUUGAACUCUGUGGUGCUCUUAAGAACAUCGUAGCUGUGGGAGCUGGGUUCUGUGACGGCCUCCGCUAUGGAGAUAACACCAAAGCUGCUGUCAUCCGCCUGGGACUCAUGGAAAUGAUUUCUUUCGCCAGGAUCUUCUGCAAGGACCAGGUGUCCACAGCUACCUUCCUAGAGAGCUGUGGGGUAGCUGACCUGAUCACCACCUGCUACGGAGGGCGGAACCGCAAGGUGGCGGAGGCGUUCGUCAGAACCGAGAAGACCCUUGAAGAAUUGGAGGAGGAGAUGCUGAAUGGGCAGAAGCUCCAAGGACCUCCAACUUCUGUUGAAGUGUACCGCAUCCUCAAGCAGAAGGGACUGACGGACAAGUUUCCAUUGUUCACUGCAAUAUAUCAGAUCUGCUAUGAAGGCAAACCCGUUCAGGAGAUGUUGCCUUGUCUCCAGCAUCAUCCAGAGCAUAUGUAAAGUGAAUCAUGCAACGUGUUGGGGAAAAUUCUGCCUUUCUGAUCAAUCUUUUAAAUUCAUGUAGAAACUGGGACCUACAACACAGUGUUUGCUUGACUGUCAUCUCAUCAUGGAUGUCUAUGAAUUUUUACAGGUUCAUUUUUGAAGUGUGAGAUGCAGUUCACUGACUAAGAUGUACUAGCCAACAACUGAACACACAU